CAGUGCACGGCAGCAGUUUCGAAGUCGACUGCUGCAGGCGAUACGGUAUUCCGAGCACCAGCAAUGGCAGCUCGAUGUCGACGGCGACGAGCAGUUUUUGCGCCUGCUGCUGCUCUGGGCUGUAGCAGAGCAGGCCCGAUGAUCGAUGAAGUGGAUGAACAAGGUUUUGGAUACGAGCAGCCGCCCCGUACAUGCGAUCUGUUCGACAUGGAAUGGAGACGGGGCGGCGGACAAUUCGGAGUUCGAUGGAUGCGAGCAGAAAUGGCUGCAAGACAGACAUGCGAUCUGCUCGACAUGAAGUGA